GGCCAGUUCACCUCUCCCAUUGCAUGCCCUGGUCAGGACGCCAGCAGCAACAUAUAAAUGGCCUCAAAACGGCACUUGGAGUCUCUGGACCCCGUGAUUUUCAACAAGCUACCUCGGCUGGAGACAGAGCCCGCUGCUGGCUUCCCUGCCAGCCUCUGCAAAUCCAUCCCUGUGCCCAAUCCUGGCUCUGAAAACCAUUUCAACUACAAGGGCUCCUACUUUGCCUGCCCGCUGCAAAGCCCUGAUGUCGCUGAGCAGCCCCUGGCACGCUGGAGCCCGGCGGCCGCCUACCCGCACUACAGCACCGGUGCCGGCAGCCAGCCCGUGCCAGCGGAGGGGCCGCUGGCGAGCUGCCUGCUGUACCGACCCGAGAGCCUGGGGACUGCCCUGCAGCCCCUGGGCACCGAAAAGGGCAAGGACAGCCUGAUGCGGGAGCUGCUGAUGGUGAGGGAGAAGUGGACCAGCCCGCCGCCAGCUCUGGGACACCCCUUCCCGGUGAAGAAGCCGGUGGCGGUGAACAAGGUGGCCCCCCUGGCUGUCCCCAAGCCGGUGUACAGAGCCCCCGCGUGCUUCGUGGACCCCAGGAUGGCUCUGCCGCUGGGACCCCGGGCCGAGAGCCUGCAGCAGAGACCGGGGGAUGCAGACUGGGCUCUGCCUGCCGCCACCCCCGCCAGCCACCCUCUGCACCCUGGCGAGCCGCAUAGCAGCACCGGGCUGCACAAGAGGGGUCCCCACUCCGACCCCAGCCUCCCGCCGCUGCACCCCAGCCUAGUGCUGCCCACCAAGGAGAAGGUGGGCUCCCCCAUUGCCUUCUCCCCCUACUACACUGCUUUUGAGAAAUACAGGGGCCCCCCUAGCACCCCCUUCCUGGAAGCCAGCUGCCCUGCCGCCCACAGCCAGAGGAAGGUGCCCGAGGUCCCCAACCUCAGCCCGGACCCCUGGCCCAAGCUCCAGCCGCCCGCCACCAGCCCAGCGUACCGGGAGAGGCCAACAGUGUGCUACCCACCCACCCACUACCCGCUGUCCCUCCAUAAAGCUGCCCUCCUCUACCACCCCCCGGCUCCCACCAUGGACACACAGCCCAGCACCCUGCCUGGUGCCUACAAAGGCUUCGGCUUUGUGGGCAGCGAGGAGCCCUUUCCCGGCUCUUACCUUAAGCCCCAAGCACCAAGGAGCUACUUUCCCAGCCCCUUGGACUCCUACAUGCCGAGGGCAGCCGGCGCCGGCGCGCUGGCAUCACCGCCUGCCAAGUCGGCAGCACUGCCGAGGGAUGCUGAGCCACCACGGCGAGCCGGCUACUUGCCAAGCCCCGGCUUUGCCUUCAGCCCCGGCGACCCGGCUGUAUUUGGCACUUCCUUUGCUGGCACAAAGCUGGGCUACGAGCAGCACCAGGCAGAGAAUCCCCGGCGACAAGCGAUGGUGAGGCACAACAGUGCUUUCCAACCUGUCUGUGCCCCAGAGAAGGUGCCUGGGGGAUCCGGUGGGCUUGCACAGACAUUUGCCAAAGGAGAAGGGAGCUGGGAGAAACCCAGCCCUGGGAAGCAGGAGCCCCCAUACCCAGGGAGGAGAAAGGCCAGCCCAGCCCCCCAGGAGACCCCACGUGGGGGACCAUUGGCUCCCAUUAUUGUAGGGAAAGGAGAUGCCUGCAAGGCCAAGGAAGAAACAAAGGAGCUCAUCCCCUCUUCUCCAUCUGCCUCCCCCACAGAGAGGCUGAAAGACCUGAGGAACGGCGAGGCUUCUCCUUCCUCCCCACCCAUGCCAGUGAUCAACAAUGUCUUCAGCCUGGCACCUUACCGAGACUACUUGGAGGGGACCGAGGGCCCAGCUCAGGUCCCCUUCUGCAGGGAGCAUCUGCGAGGGGACACCCCACCCCAAAACAUGGGGGGCAGCCAGGAGACCGCUGCACUUGGAGAUGUUUUGACAACAUCCAGCCCGCUGCCUGUGGGGACAGUGGCUAGCCAGGUGCUGAAGACAGGCAGCGUUACAGUCCAGAGCCAAGGGGAAAGCUGUUACAGAAGGGUCCCCAAAAAGCCAAAGCUUUUGCCCCGAGAGCCAGGGUCUCAGAAGAGCAACCCUGGUGGGGUGGGGAGUGGGGAGCCGGCCCCCGAGGACAUGGUGCUGGACCUCAGCUUGAAGAAGAGACUGGUGAAAGCUGGGGAGACCCUGGGACCCAUCGGCUGUGUGGAGGGGACACCGGAGAGGGAGGAGGUGGAGGAGAAAGAAGGUCCAGAGGAGAAGGCGGGGGUGGGAGAGGGGGCCAAGCCCCAGGCGCUGCCCUUGCUGCUCGAGGUGGGCUCUGGGGACAAGAGCAACUUCCAGAGCUCGGCCACCUUCAUGUUCAAAAAAUUCAAGAUCCUGCGCUCCCUCCCGCCCAGCACCGUGCCCCCCCAGCAGCCCAGCAGCACCUGUGCCCCCCAGCCCAGCCCACCGCAACCAGCCCCCUCCAGCAGCACCCCCGUGACGCUGCUGCCACGGACCCACCCCACCUCCCCGCCGGCCAGCAGCCCCCUGGCCCCGCAGCCCGGCCCCCAGCCCAGCACCUCCGCUCUGCGGGGUGCUCGCCCAGACCCGCAGCAGCCCCCGCUGCCCGAGGCUCCCCACGUGCUGGGGGAGGAGAGCAUCUCUCUGCCGGGGCCGUUCGAGGUCCCCGGCCCGCAGACCUCUGCCGGCCAGUAUUUCACCACCCUGCACUCCUGGCUCUGCGAUGUUAUUUCCUGCUCAGUGUCCAGGUCCUCUCCAGAGCUGCUGCAGGAGUGGUUGAAGAAGGCAGAGCCGUCGGAGGAGCUCGGAGAAAUGCCCAAAUCCCCGCCCAAGCCCAAGAAUGGCUCCAGGAUCCCCGAACCUCAGAAGGCCACCAAAGGCAAGGAGAUCUGGCUGGCUUUCCAGGACGUGGCCGCUCUCCUCACCAACCUGCUCUCUCAGCUGGAGACCUUCAUGUUUGCUCGAAAGUGUCCUUUCCCCCACGUCGUCCGGGCAGGGGCCGUCUUCAUCCCCAUCCACGUGGUGAAGGAGAAGCUCUUUCCCAAGCUCCCUGGGGUCUCCGUUGACCAAGUGCUGCAGGAGCACAAGGUGGAGCUGCGCCCCACCACACUCUCGGAGGAGAGGCACCUGCGGGACUUGGAGCUGAAGAGCUGCAGCUCACGCAUGCUGAAGCUCCUGGCACUCAAGCAGCUCCCUGACAUCUACCCGGACCUGCUAAACCUCCACUGGCACAACUCCAUCAAGCAGCAGCUCGGUUCAAGCUCGCAGGCUGACCAGCAUCCCUCCAAGUAGCCCUGGCGUGGAGGCACUGAAAGCUGAUGGCAGUGAUAGCCAUGGAUAGCACGAAGAAAAAGGAGGCACUGAGGAACAUGUCAUGGGCAACAGCUGAGCCACCCACCCGCAAGGAUGGGAAAGGGAAGGUCCCCCUCAUCCCCUGAGCGGGGUCCCCUCCCAGCAGCAACGCAGUCACCCACAGACCUGCAGGGAGAUGCUCGGCUCCCACCGACAGAACAGCUGCACCCGAGGAUGGGGAUGGGUCCUCCUGGGAUGCCUGGAGGCCACCGGCACCGCAGAGAUCCUCCAAGGAUGCUCCUUGGGGUGGGGGAAGAACAGCAGCAGCGACACACGGCCCAGAGAUGCUCCAGGGAUGGCUGGUGUACCUGCAGGGAUGGCUCAAGCCUCCCACGGCAGCUGGGGCUGCAUUUCUCUUUAUUCAUCAUCUUUUAGUGCAUCUCCUACCUCCAUCUGUGACUGGCCAGGCUGCAGCCAGCAAACUGGGAGGGAACGGCUGGAGUUCCAGUGGAGCUGGAGGGCUGGAGUGGUGUUUGUACCUGCAAGAAGAGCAUGGAAAUGGCCACGCCACCAUCCCCAGCCUUGGAGAAAGGCCGGCUACUGCAGAGAUGAUCUACCACGUCCCCUCCUCUCUCCUCUGACUCGCCUCUCCUGCUUUAUACACACUGUUCCCAUAAAUGUACCUUCCUCCUAGUUUUUAAUCUUUAAAGUGCUACAGAGACUUAACACGACAUUAAGGGUCAAGGGAAUCGCAACUUCUGCAGUUACAGGACUGAUUUUUUUGUUGUUUGAAAUGAAGACAUUUUUAAAAUGUCACAAAUUUACCUUUAUAAGGAGCUGCUGCCUUCAGAUUUUUUUUUUAAAUACAGUAAUUUAUACCUGUUUUUUUUUAUUUAAACUCACGGCUUCACCUGUUUACUGUGCUGGACCAAGGCAGUGGGAGCGAUGCUGUUCAGGCUGAGAGUUUCAGUCCCGAUCACAGCUGGAAAAGGCUGCAAGAAAGACCGUUAAAGAAAACCAAACCACUUUACAAGACAGAUCCCAGCCAUUCUGAAGGAGAACAUGGGAGAUGCACAUCUAGGGACAACCUUGACAGAGGUGUGGUGACUCUGGUGUGACCAGAGGAGCAGGAGAGGGGAGUGAUGCUGCGAGACCUUGGAAGGGGAGAUCCUUUCCAUUCGGCAGGCGCUGAGGGGUUGGUGGGCAUCCCAGGAGGGAUCUCAGAGCCAAGGACAGAUGGAAUCCCCCUCGCCCAGUUCGCAGUGGCAGUACACAGCAGAGGCCUUACAAACUCGACACUCAGGUGUUUUUCCAGCUGAUAGAGGGCAUGGAGGAACAAAAUGAGGAUUAUUAUUAUUUUUUAUCUCACUACAGGAAAUAUUUAUUUUAAACUAAGAAAAUUGAG